UCCAAACAGCCCUAGUGAAAAGCCGAUAACCAGCGUCGGCGGCCGACGACGGGUGUCUUUCCUGUCCGAUACAUGCCACCACUUCGGAAGCUUCUAGAAGCGGCCGCCGCAGCCUCGACCCCUCUCGCCGCCGCGCACCUCCACGCCCACCUCCUCCGCUCAGGCCUCCUCCACUCCUCGCACCACCUGGCCGCGCACGUCCUCGAGUCGUACACCCCGGGCCUCGCCCGCGACCUGUUCGACGAAAUACCCUGCCCGACGCCACGCCUCGCCAAUGCGCUCCUCCGCGCUCACCUCCGCGCGCGGCAGUGGCGCGCCGCUAUCCGCCUCGUUCCGCGGCUCCGAGCGCGCCCGGACGGCUUCACCUUCCCGCUCCUGCUCAGGGCCUGCGCCAUGCUCCCGUCCCUCGCCCACGGCCGCGCCGUGCAAGCGGUCGCCGUACGCUCUUGCGCCGCGUCCGAAGACGCCUUUGUCGCCGCGGCGGUCGUGCAGAUGUACGCCAGGUGCGGAGACAUGGUCGGGGCCGUCAACGCGUACGGCGUGUUGGAGAAGCCAGACGUCGUGCUCUUGACGUCUGUGGUGACUGGGUAUGAACAGAACGGGCUGGCCAUGGAGGCAAUGGAGUUCUUUGCAAGGAAUGUGGUUGGCCGGGGCGUCGCGCCGACUCCGGUCACGCUUGUGAGCGUGAUUUCGGCAGCGGCACAGCUGGGGGAUGCAUGGAACGGGCGGGCGUCCCACGCAUAUCUUGUUAGGAACAGCUUGGGGUAUAAUCUAGCUCUAGUGAAUGCUGUUCUUGGGUUUUAUGUGAAAAUUGGUGAUGUCCAGGCAGCUAGGAGGUUGUUUGAGGGAAUGGCAGAUAGGGAUGUUGUUACUUGGAGCAGCAUGAUCAAAGGAUAUGUGCGAUCAGGAGACGCACACGAGGCAUUGAGGGUGUACAGGGGGAUGGUUCAGGUGGGUGUCCAGCCCAAUUCUGUGACUUUGGUGAGUAUUCUGCAGGCUUGUGCACUUGCUGCGGAUGUUGAGGAAGGCAAAAGCAUCCACCACAUUGCUGUCAACAUGGGUUGUGAACUUGAGGUGGGUGUUGCAACUGCACUGGUUGAUAUGUACAUGAAGUGCUCAUGUCAUGAGGAGGCGAUGCACCUCUUUCAUCGGAUGCCAAAGAAAGAUGUGGUGGCUUGGGGUGCAGUCAUUAGUGGCCUCACACAAAAUGGUCUCCCUGAUGAAUCCAUCCGAGUGUUCAAAUGCAUGUUAUUGGAUGAUCAUGCUCCUGAUGCAGUCACAAUGGUAAAGGUACUUAAUGCAUGCUCGGGAUCUGGUGUUGCUCUCCAAGCUACCUGUCUCCAUGGUUAUUUGGUCAGAAGUGGUUUUGAUAAUAAGGUGUUUGUAGCGGCUGCACUUCUUGAUUUGUAUUCAAAAUGUGGAAACUUAGAUAGCGCUGUCAGAGUUUUUGAUAGUACCACAGAAAAGGAUGUUGUUCUGUGGAGCUCAAUGAUCGCUGGUUAUGGAGCCCAUGGCUUUGGUCAGGAAGCUGUUGCCUUGUACCAAAAGAUGAUUGGCUCAUCAAUUAAACCCAACAGUGUGACAUUCGUAUCAGUGUUAUCAGCAUGCAGCCACUCUGGCAUGGUUCAGGAAGGAAGGCAAAUUUUUGAUAGCAUGACUCGAGUUUAUGGAGUCGUGCCAAAUCCAGAGCAUCAAAGUGCUCUGGUUGAUCUCCUUGGGCGGGCCGGUGAACUUCAAGAGGCCAUAAAGGUCAUUCAAGAAAUGGAUGGGAGAGCUGUUGCUCAUACUUGGUGUGCCUUGCUUGCUGCCUGCAGAGAACACAACAACACUGAGAUGAGCAAAGCAAUCGCAGAGAACCUGAUAAAGCUGGAUCCUGACCAUGUUGGCUACUACAAUCUCUUGACCAAUAUAUAUGCAUUUGAUGAGAAGUGGGAAAAUGUAAAGGAGACAAGAGACACAGUGCGAGGUAGAGGUUUGCAUAAAGUGCCAGGUUACAGUGCAGUUGAGAUCAAUAAUGUAGUACACAUGUUCACUGCUGGGGAGAGGUCUGACCAGUUACCAGGAUCAUGAGAAUAUCUGUACAUUGCUCUGCGACCUGUCAAGAAAAUUGAGAGGCGAGGACUGUUCCUUUCAACUAGACACUGGGUUAGCAUUAGAGGAUUCUGCUCUUUUCUGAGUUGAAAUCGAUCCUCGAAUCAUUGAAUGUACCAGGAUGGCGAACUUCUAGAAGAAAACUAGUGCUGAAAAAUGGCAUUUACGAAGGCAAAUAUAUCCAUAGGUGGUCUUGUAUUGCAAACUGUCUUUUGUCUCUGCAAUGUAUUGUGUACAGGAUGCACUGAAAAGGCACUCCAAAUUCUUGAACAUGCUGCCAAUCUGCAUGUGCAGGUACUCCGAAUUGAAGGAAAAACUUCAGGAAAUACUGCAUUGGAGCUGGACUUCGCAUUCCUAAGCUGGGCCUGGAUACGACUUUGAUUAAGAAAAAGGUACACCGACCGGAAAUGUGUGAGGACUUCAGAAGAACAUUGCAUCGUGUGUUUUCCACAAAUGGGACACUGGAACAAAAAAGUCCAUAGCUGCAUAUCAGCAAAUUUUCAACCAGCGCAGUUCAAGGAAGAUGGUAGUGGUAACAUUGUUCUAUUUUGGUUCUAUCAAAUCACAUGGAUAUCAUAGCCAUCUCAAUGAGUCAUUUUUGUGUUGGCAGAUGGUGUAAUGUCUCCAUAAACUGUGACUUUUGAGUUGUCCAGAAUGACACACUAGCAAUCACAUACAAAUGUCAAACUACUAAUGCUGCUAAUGCUACGGUAAAUUUGAGGCAAUGUCUGGUCAAGUUCGUCCAUUUUGUGUAUAUAUGCAUGUCAAACUUCGAGGCAGUGCGGACUACCCGAAAGAUCACAGUAAAAUGUGGCAGUGGAAGUACCCAAGUGGUGUAAUUUUGUUAUAGUAGUUUUUUUUUCCGACUCGUUUUGUUUUCCUCUUUCUCUUUGUACAUAAGACUGAUUGAAGAUUAAAGACUGCAAAUGAUUGGAUCACUAAAUGUAGUUAGCAGUAAAUUGCUUCAGGCCUUGUUUA